UACUAUUUUAUCGUUCUAACAAAGUGUACGUUCUGGUCAUACUCAAGAAAAGAAUACGCAAAAACGUUAUCAUCUCUUUCUCCAAGCCCAAACAUUUUUCAUUCUAAAAAUAAUCUCACUAAGUCGAAGAAAAUUCAUGUCUUCAUCGUCAUGUUCUUCUGUAAUUCCUGGAAUUCUCUCCAACAACAGAAAUUUAACUUACACUCUCUCUCGCCGUAACUUCACGCGCCACUUAACGUCGCCGUGCAAUGGCGGGAGGAAACUCGGGCUUCAUUUGAAGAAGAAGAAUAGCUUAAUUGUCAGUGUAAAAGGAGAAGCGUUACAGUACAGAAAACUUGGGGAUUCCGACCUUGUUAUUAGCGAAAUCACUCUGGGCACUAUGACAUUUGGGGAGCAGAAUACAGAGAAAGAGGCUCAUGAAUUGCUUAGUUACUCGUUUGAGAGCGGUAUUAAUGCUAUAGACACUGCAGAAAUGUAUCCAGUUCCAGUAAAAAAGGAGACACAAGGAAGGACAGAUCUUUAUAUUGGUAGCUGGUUAAAGUCUCAACCUCGAGAUAAGGUUAUUUUGGCCACGAAAAUUGCUGGUUACUCAGAGCAAUCAUCAUACUUGCGAGAUGAUGCAAAGGUUGUGCGAGUUGAUGCUGCUAAUAUACGGGAAAGUGUAGAGAAAAGUCUUAAACGUCUCAAUACGGAUUACAUUGAUUUACUCCAAAUACAUUGGCCAGAUCGAUAUGUUGCAUUAUUUGGUGAAUAUUUAUAUGAUCCUCUAAAAUGGAGGUCCAGCAUAUCAUUUGUUGAUCAGCUGAGGGGAUUUCAGGAACUCAUCGAUCAAGGAAAGGUACGCUACAUCGGUGUUUCCAACGAAACUUCAUAUGGAGUAAUGGAGUUUGUUCAUGCUGCUAAAAAUGAGGGACUACCAAAGAUUGUCAGUAUUCAGAACAACUACAGUUUACUAGUGAGGUGCAAGUUUGAAAUUGAUCUUGUCGAAGUAUGCCACCCGAACAACUGCAAUAUUGGCUUGCUUGCUUAUUCUCCACUGGCCGGUGGAUCACUGACAGGAAAGUAUUUAGAAAUUGAUUCUGAAGCUGCACGAAAAGGAAGGUUUAACUUAUUCCCUGGCUACAUGGAAAGAUACAAUAAGUCUGAUUCUAAGGAAGUAACAAAACAGUAUCUUGAAGUGGCCAAGAAACACGGUCUAACCCUAGUCGAGCUAGCUCUUGGAUUUACACGAGACCGUUCAUUUAUGACGAGCACAAUCAUAGGUGCAACUUCUCUUGACCAAUUAAAAGAAGACAUCAAUGCAUUUUUGUCUACUCAGAGGCCAUUGCCACCGCAGGUGAUGGCAGAUGUCGAAAAUGUGUUCAAGAGAUACAAAGAUCCAGCCAUCGACUAGGAUCCCAAGUUUCAUAGAGUGAAUUCUUGAUGGUGUUAUUCAAAAAAUUUCGUGAUAAUUCUCCUUUUGUUCUUGCAUUAGUUAAUAAUGAACUUCGUAAAAGGACAUCAUACAUAUUAGAAAGCUCGUUUUCUAUUUGGAGUAUCAAGAGGGUUCCCCUAAUUCUAUAUUUUAUAUCCCUGUUUUUGUUAAAGCAUACUAAAAGACUGUUGUGAUAUUCUCCAUGAUCCUUUCUCGAUUA